CUGAUUGAGGUAAAAAAAUCAUUGUAAAAGUUAUUUUACAAUUUUCUGAUUGAUGGCUUCGUUUAUGAGAUAAAGGCAUUUCUUUUCUCAAAAUGGGCAAUAAUGGAGAAAAAUUGCUGCGCGUUCAAUUUGCUUGAGGAGAGCUUGAAUCGAGAAGUAUGUGACGUAACAUAAGGACAGGAAGUUUUGUGAAGUGUGAUUUUUGCUAUAAUUUCUACUUUAUCUACUACGGCUCUGCAUCAAAAUGGCUGAUAGAUGUGCAGUUUUCGGGUGUUCAAACCGAGCAAAUUCUGCAGAAGGAAUUUCUCUUCACCGUAUACCAUUUUACGGUGAUGAGCGUCCUGAAGCGAAGCGAAGGCGUAAAAUCUGAGUGAAUUUUGUUGCAAGAAAACGCGCUCAAUGGACACCGACUAAGUAUUCGGCUGUUUGUUUGUUUUACUUAUGAUGGUGAUGGCAAAGUAAUUUGGGCAAAGUUCAAAUCUUUCCUGAUUCACAUAGUAGACAAGCACACCAAUUUGGAUAAUCCACUGUUGUCAAGUUGUUUUCAUGGCCCUGAUAAUAAACCAAGGGAAUAUUUGUUAGAAGGUUUGUGAAGGCAUUAUUUAAAGAUAACUUCCCUUACAGUUUAUCAUCAAUCUUUGUUGUAAUGUUUAAGGUUCAGUUGCUCAUGAAAAGCUUUGUGCUAAAUUGUUAAACCCACAGCUGAUGAAGUCAAUUCACCAGGCUUCACCAGUUGCUCAAACAAGUUGUUUGGAAGGAUUCCAUUCUGUCCUGAAUCAUUUUGCUCCAAAAAUGAUUCAUUAUUCCUAUGUUAGAAUGUAUUGCAGACACAUUUUGGCAUCCAUCCACUUCAACAACAACUUAAGGCGUGAUGUAGAGAUGAAGAAUGAUGGCACUUCCCAAAUAAAUGAGGUGUAUUCACAGUUUAAAAAUGGUGAAGGCACUGUGAGGGAUGUCAGAGUUAAGCCCAAAUUUGAGUAUGUGGAUGAAUUACUUGAUAGUGUGAUUCUAUCAAUAAAAGACAAAGACGCAUUAUCAAAUUCGCAAAAUCUUUUGAAAGUAAUGUUUCUGCCACCAAUGAAUGUCAUGCUGCAAAAGCAACCCAGAGCUGAGGUGUUACUAAAACAGGUCCGUCGAAAAUGCAUUGUGGCCAAUGAUGUCCCACCCUCAAUUCCAGCAGCUACCAGUGUGCCAUUCAGCUGUCACUCAAAAGUGGCAGUUUCAAAAGAAAAAAGUCAGCCGAAAUGUUUGACAUGCAAGAAGCCAAUGAAAAGUCACAAACCGAUUGCCCAUAAAAUAGGAAAAAUUAAUUUUCACAUCACUCAUUUAUUUCAUUUUCUUCGUACCCUCUAAAUUCCAACUUUUUAUCAUUAAAUUUUGAUCUUAUUACAUGGUAUGCACAUGCUGGUAAUGGUCUUCUUUCUUCUCCUAAGCAUCCAGAAAUCAUAGAUGUGAGAUCUCUGUAUGCAACACAUCAUAAAAACCUGAAUAUAAAGCCAAAUUGUUACUAAUGUGUCAUAACACUAAAAUAUACAUAAAUACUGCGAAAGAACAUAAUAUGCUAUCAUACAUGUUUUCAGAUCCUGUUUCUCUGUAUCGUCUUUGUUCUCUGGUUUUGUAUUUCUUAGCAGCCAUUUUCUUAGUGACGCAACAUGGAAUAGUUGACAGAUCUGCCAGAACCGACUGGUGUAUUAAGCUUUCAGCUACAGACUUAAGUUCUUGGCAGCACCAGGACUCUAGAGGAUUCUGAAGAAGUGUAAUUUGACAAAAACCACACUUGCACCUGAUCAAUAAAGAAAAUCACAUUAAAAAAUUGUAAUCGAGCAUCUUUUAACAAUUUUUUGCCCAAAAGUAAAUAAAAUAAGCGAGGGAAUCUUGAAUAGAAAAUUGCACGCUUAUGUAUAUAUUUCAUAACUUGAAACCUGAAUUGAAAUACACUUCAUAAGUUGAA